AUGAGCAACGACGGUUUUUCGUCCUUAAAAUUCAGACGAACGUCUAGCAAACUGCAAAAAGACCCUCCUAGCUUCUCCUCCCGCAUCCUUAGAAGUCAGCAGAGCAACACGUCACUCAAACGACACCCGUCGGCGCCUGUGUAUCCCCGUUCCUCUGUCAGUGGCAGUCGAGAACAUUCGCGCACAAGAUCCAACGCAUACGGCUCCUCUUCAUCCUCUCUCGAGCAACACAGUGGGGGUCCAUCUCCUGUCCUUGCUGGCGGCGACUCCAACAAUUCCUUUUCGAACAAGUCCCGCCCGGGGCGGUUUUCUUUCAAUACCGACCCCAGCUCUGAUGAAUUGACCGUUUCCCCGUUUGAUUCACGGGGCAUGCUCAGUGCAUUGGAAGAGAACAGCGCAGAGUCCGAGAAAAGUCCUCCGCCGCAACCGCCGACGUUACGAUCCUACCACACCAGCCCCGAUUCCCGCGGACUCAGACAGUCGGCGAGUUUCACCGCUUUACAGAACCGUAUGGAUGCCUUCACUCACAAAAGCGAAAAUGACCAGUCAGCAAACACGAAGAGGCACUCGGACGAGGGAAAUGGAACAAAGGUUUUCGGGCGGAGUAAGAAGAGCAGCUUCUCGAGCUUUGUCAACAGCAUGUUAGGGUCUCCCCGAGGGAUCAAGAUCUCCGCCCCCGAAAACCCUGUUCAUGUCACCCACGUGGGCUACGACAACCGCACCGGCCAGUUCACCGGGUUGCCGAAAGAAUGGCAACGGCUCCUGCAAGAAAACGGCAUCUCCAAGAAGGAGCAGGAGGAGCAUCCUCAAACCAUGGUCGACAUUAUGCGAUUCUACGAGAAGAACGCUCGCGGAGAUGACGAAGUCUGGCACAAGUUCGACCACGCCUAUGCUCAUCAUCAACCUACCGCGAACACACCGGGCCCCAGCGAAACUCGCCUCCAACGAGCCCUCGGUUCCCGCAGAACCACGAAGGCAGUUUUGAGAAUCCGCGUGCGCCUCCUCCAAUACCCCGUGCAGCGCCCCGGCUACUCAGGCGAUGUCCCCACCAAUCGGUGGGCUUGUGCCCAACCGAGCACCUCCGAAGCCUCCUGCUCCGGCCAACAUGACACCUGCUCGACCGGCACCGCAGCCCCAGUGGCACGGCCGCCUCAAGACGCAUAUUCCAACCAAUUCGGCACGCCUCCCAUCCCAGAAUCUGAGCCUUUGCCGUCCGAGGCACAGCGCAGCCGGUCAAAUUCGAAGACCAACGGUGCGCAACCGCAAUGGGCGCAGCCCGGUGCCAUUGCUUCGCCAGCUCAGUAUCAGCAGCAGCAGGAGCAAGCGAUGGCUGCCGCUCAACAAGCGAUCGUACAGAAGCAACUGGAGCGCAGCCGAAGCCAACGCCAACAGCAAUCACGCGGGCCAGAACCCAAACAGCCCACGCAAAUGGGACAUACGCAGCACGCCAAUGAUCAUACUACCGCGUUGCAAGGCCCUCAGAAGGCGCAGCCCGUUCCAGCAGCUCGUCCUCGGCAGCGCGCUCGUCAAAGUAAUACUGUGGACGUAAGGGCGCGGUUACUUGCCAUCUGUACUCCAGGUGAUCCGACGAAGCUCUACUAUAAUCUGAACAAGAUCGGCCAAGGAGCAUCGGGCGGCGUUUACACUGCUUAUCAACAUGGCACGAACAACUGCGUCGCAAUCAAGCAAAUGAACCUGGACUUACAACCAAAGAAGGAGCUUAUAAUUAACGAGAUCCUCGUCAUGAAAGACAGCAAACACAAAAAUAUUGUCAACUUCCUCGACAGCUACCUCCAUGGCUUGGAUCUGUGGGUAGUGAUGGAAUAUAUGGAGGGCGGUAGUCUGACUGACGUGGUUACGUUCAAUAUAAUGACUGAGGGACAGAUUGCAGCUGUGUGCCGAGAGACUCUGAGUGGAUUGCAGCACCUCCACUCAAAGGGCGUCAUUCACCGGGAUAUCAAGUCAGACAAUAUCCUUCUCUCCUUAGAUGGCAACAUCAAGCUGACCGAUUUCGGUUUCUGCGCCCAAAUCAAUGACUCACAAAAUAAGCGCAACACCAUGGUCGGCACCCCGUACUGGAUGGCCCCAGAGGUCGUCACGAGAAAGGAAUAUGGCCGCAAGGUUGAUAUUUGGAGUUUGGGUAUCAUGGCGAUCGAGAUGAUCGAGGGCGAGCCGCCAUAUCUGACCGAGUCACCCCUGCGAGCCCUGUACUUGAUUGCCACCAAUGGCACACCAACCAUCAAGGACGAGCAUAACUUGUCGCCCGUCUUUCGCGAUUUCCUGCAUUUUGCACUCAAGGUUGAUCCCGAGAAGAGAGCAUCGGCCCAUGACUUAUUGAUGCAUCCUUUCAUGUCCCUCUGCUCCCCUCUAUCCCACCUGGCGCCGCUUGUGAAAGCUGCGCGCAUGAGUAGAGCCCAAGAAAAAGCUCAGAAAGGGGGCGCUUGA